ACCAUCUAUCGGCCAGAGAGGGAAGCUACACGCUGUCAAUAACAAACUGCUAAGAUGCAACUCAGUGAUUGGCAUUCAAAGAUUUAAGCUAGUGCUUGAUGUAACAGUACUUACCCAAACAAACAAAGUAAACAAACAAACAAACAAACAAACAAACCCACCAGUCACAGACGUUUAGAGGCGAAGUAAGAGUUAAACCCCAGUUCCUCUUCCUGUAGUGAAACUUGUUUCCACUCGCCUUCCUGACAUUCCUGCAGGUCGAAGAAGAUCAACUCCGUCACAGACACAGACCCGGACACAGACACAGACAGACCCAGAACAGUCAGCGGGGAGCAGUUCAGCAGCGGCUCGGCAGCAUGUGGGCCUUCAGGUCUGUGAGGAGCCUCACUCUCUGCUGCUCACCACGGACAAAAGUGGGAAUCUGGGCCUCCACUCAGGUCUUACACUACAGCAGUGGAGCUCCAGCUAAAGAUGUGUCCAUUAACUUCAGCCUUGGUCGCCCGGUCCUCUGUGUCCGUCUCCCUGCAGGGCGUCAGUGUCGUUUCACUCUCACGCCCAUGUUGACCACGGUGGGAGAUCUGCUGAAGAACAUCUCAGCUGAAGAUCCAGGAGUUCACUCUGCCGUGCUGCUGAAUGGAGAUGGACAGAGGAUUUCCUCAUGCACUUUCAUGGAGACAGUUCUGAGUAAAGACUUUCAGCUUGUCAUCAAUGGUGUCACGUACGACGUUCGUUCUCCUGGAGAAGGUCCGUCUCACGAACACGUCUCAGGUCUGGACGAUGUGAAGUACAUGGUACGCCUCCUUCACGCCGCUCUGACGUCUCCUCAGCGGCAGCAGGACAAACACUCAGAGUUGAUGAGGAAACGGGAGGAGAUCCAGCAGCAGCUGAUGCCCCUGGAGACGGUAAAGCUCCAAAUGGCGAAGGAGGCAUACUCAAAGGCGUCCAUGUUGGGGUGGGCGGGGCUUGCCUACCUGUCACUCCAGGGAGGUUUCCUGGGCUAUCUUACCUGGUAUGUGUUUGAAUGGGACACCAUGGAGCCAGUGACCUACUUCAUCUCCUACACCACCAGCAUGAUCUUCUUUUCCUACUACAUCCUCACAAAAGAGGACUUUGUUGUUACAGAUGUCAGAGAUCGUCAGUUCCUUCACUUCUUUUACCGCAAAGCGUUGCGUCAGAGGUUUGACGUUCAGAAGUACAACAUGCUGAAGGAUGAACUGGAAAAGGCGAGAGAGCCACACACACACAUGCACACACACACACACACACGUACUUUAUAGGAGAUAUUGUUAAUUUUUUACUAUAUAUAAAUUCUGUUUUGAACUUUGUAAACCAUAAAAAGUUUGGUCAAAAUUGACAAAAUUGUGUGUGUGUGUGUGCAGGUCACACAUGACCUGAGGACUUUGAGAAGCUCAAUUCGUCUGCUGCGGCCACACCAUGAGCUUCACAGACAAUCCUGAGAAUUUCAUCUUUUUUUUUCCAACCCUUUUUUUGCACAGCCCUGUUAUGUUCACACUAAAGUGUUAAUUUCAAAUCCUUCAGUUAAUGUAAAUUGAAAAUAAAGGAAUACAUUGUUUAAACUGUAAA